AUGGCUCGAGGUUUAGUCUUCGAUCUUCUUGGUCGGAUGCAAAGUAGUGCUUCGCAACUUCAUCAAAGUGUGAACGAGCACCUGGGUGGGCUAUCUUCGGGCGUGACAACAACUUCGAAGAAGACCUUCUCGACAGUCUCCUCAACCUGCCGUUUCCGCUCGACAUUUGUUCAAUGCCCAUUGGGGGAGUCGGAGAUGCCUUCAAAGUCAACCAAAGCCCUUACGUCCAUGGUCAAAUCCGGCAAUUUUCUGCAGGGGCUGUCAAUUGAUGAAGUUACAUUCCUUGUCCUGUCUUUUCUGGAUGGCGCAUCGUUAUCGCGCGUUCAAGGAGUCAGCACGAUCUGGCGCAUUUUCAUCCAGCAGUAUCGAGAGCCUAUCUAUAGAGCUUUGAUCCGAGGGAGUCAAGCUUGCGACCAGGCGAUCAGCUCAUCCUCGUCUUUUAAGUCGUAUCUCUGUAUGCUCCGAUACGAUCUGGACCGAGAGCUUACACACACGCUCGCUGUACACCCUACACAUGAGAUACUAGAGCACUACUGUAAGCUGACCACAGAGCACGGAUUUGUGGCCAUGUUCUGCGACAUCAUUGAGUUUCGCGAUCCGGAGAUUGCCCGUGCUGUGGCUCGUAAACGACAGAGUGCGCUCAGUACAGUGCUGACAGCUACACCAGAUCAUGUGAUGAAGUUUCGCAAAGGUUCCAGAUACGUUGGGCCGAUAACUUUUGUGCCUAUUGAUAAUCCGUUAUGGCCAGAGUUUGAUUUCUUACCUAUUGAUACGCCAGGAUUUAUGGGCUACGCCUUUGAUCACGUCGUCAUGGUUGAGGGUUAUCAGACACUGAAAAACACGAUCGUGAAGUCCAUUUUGAAAGAUCUCAUGAUCUUUGACACAGCUGCGAGCGCAGAAGCGUACGGAGACACCAUAGGUCAAGCUCCGUACGCAGCAAUACUCGAGGUCGAAGACGCUCGAGUACAUUCCGUACAGCUGGAGAGGGACGACCAGCUUUCUUUUUCUUCACCGUUACGUCGGCACCUUGCAGACAAGUACCCUUUUGCUGAGCGUGUUCAGCGGCUUCAGGAAAAGAUCAAAGCUGUGGGCGAUUGCAUUGCGGCUACAGCAAGCGGUAUGGUAUAG